AGCCAUGGCGUCACAGGCAUCGAGUGCAGAAGCUGGUUCAAAGAGCAAUGAUCAGGCCCUACCGGCUCAUACGGUGCUGCCGUACUCGCCGGCUUCGCCCGUGGCUGUCCAUGCCUUUGCUGUCGGCUCGGUCGAAGCUGCUCACGCCUUGGCUGACGCGCUAGCUCUGCUGGAGCCGAGUGAGACGCCGCUGGCUCUUGCACUGGCCGUCGAUCCCGAGAGCGGAGCGGAAUUUGCGGGCGCGCGGAGCUUUGUCUCUGUUUCGGACGGUGUGCUGGACCCGCAUCUGAUCGCGGGCGUGCCGCCAGAGAUGGAGCUCGACGCUCCGCUCUCGCUACUGCAUCGGCUCUCGCCAACCAGCAAGCCGGCGAGCGACAGUGACGGCGACGGCGAUGAAGCUGCCGCCGCAUCUGCGCCGCUCCGGGUUCCCGCAGCUGUCCGAGGCACCGGCGCGGUUCCGGCCGCGUGGUGGAAGUCGACCCAGGAAGCGCUGGAUGCCUGCAAUCGCGCCGCUGCUGGCGCGGCAGACGCCUACCAGCCCGAUGUGGUCCGCGACGACGAGGUCGAGGCGCUUCAGGGCGCCGAGAGCCUCGUCGGCGCCGCCGCUGCUGCGGGCUCGGACCUCUGGCUCGUCGAUCGGCCAGAGUGGAUCACCCUCCAGCGGUACUACACCGCCCACAAGGCAGUGUCGCGUGCUCAGCGCGCCGCCCGCUACCAGUUCACCUACCAGCUUUCUCAGGAGCGACUCGCUGCUGCCGCACGCUCGGGCAACUACGACGACGAUGCCACAAAGGACGAGCUGGAGGCCAAGCUGAAGGCCGGCACCGCCCGCGUCCCGACCCGCCUGCGCUCGUUUGUCCUUGACGUCGCCACCCACAAGCACAACGUGUGGACGUCAGAGCGUGCCAAGUUUACUGCCGCUGCCGUCCAGCGGCUGCUGGCGCUCGAGUCGCUCCGCGAUGGCGGCUCUACUGCCAGCGCUGGCGAUCUCCCCACCGGCGCGGCCGACGCCGACGCCAACUGCGCGCCGACGCCCUGGGUUGCCCUCGUUGUCCCGGACCACAUGCUGCCGUACAUCGUGUCCGAGUGGCGCGGCUCCCACAUUGACGAGCUUGCCUUUGCUAAGCUUCUCAUGACCGAGGAAGGCGUCCGCACGCCGGCGUUCACCCGUGAGGCUCUUGCCCGGCGCCGCCUCCGCCAGGCCUCGUCGUCGUCGGUGCUCGCGACCUUUGCCAAGAUCUCAGCUGUCGGUCUCGCCGCCGCCGUCGCUGCCAUCGACGCCCUCGCCAAUGGCAUCAUCUAG